AUGGCUCUGAUCGAUGUCGCGAUAUCUUGUCUCAAUUCGAUCCGCGAAAUAGAAGAGCAUGUAAAAGAUGCAAUUGUGUAUAUCGAUGCUGGGUGCACAGAAAGUUUCCAACUUGCAGGAGCAUUCCCUUUGUUCUUGGAGCUAGGUGCUCGUGCAGUCUGCAGCCUUGAAAACAUGACUUCCCUUGAUGCGGUGGCUGAUUGGAAUUCAAAGUUCGAUUGUGCAACUAGAAUUGUGAUUAUGACGUCUCGGCUUCUCAAUGAUGCUCAUCGAUAUAUGCUGCGGUGUCUAAGCACACAUGAAGGUGUUCGCAGCUGCACUGUGUUCACCUCUAUUUCAGAGGGAUCUCACUCAGCCUGCCCUGAAUCACCUCUAGGUCCAGACGCGUAUCGAGAGUAUGAAACAUUACUCGUUCAGGAUUACAAUGAACAUACCAAGAAAAGCGACAAAGUACCUAAAGACGAAGGGGUUUCGAAGUUCUCUUCUGCACUUGAAUCUCUUACUAUGGAACCCAUUAUAAAUGAAAAUGUAGAUAAUUCCUCAGGUGGUGCAGAAGGUUUGGUAGUCUCGGUGCAUCACUUCCCCUUGAUUAUUUGUCCUUUUACACCUAGAGCGUUUGUCUUACCUUCCCAAGGAUCAGUCGCUGAAGCGUGUUUGUCCCGUCAACAUGAGGAUUCUCUUAGUUUUGGGCUGCCUCCCAUAAGUACUGGAUCUUUGUCUGAUACUGAUGAUGUUCCUCCUGGUGCAACUCUUACCGCACAUUUUCUUUACCAGCUGGCUCUUAAGAUGGAGUUGAAGUUGGAAAUAUUUUCACUUGGUGAUCUAUCAAAGAACGUUGGGAAGAUUCUGACGGACAUGUCAAGUCUUUAUGACGUAGGGCGUCGCAAAAGAUCUGCCGGCUUGUUACUUGUUGACCGUACUCUUGAUCUCAUCACUCCCUGCUGUCAUGGGGAUUCACUUUUCGACCGUAUCUUUUCAUCUUUGCCUCGGGCAGAAAGAUUUUCUUCACAAGCACAGCUUAGACAAGGGCUUCCAAGCAUCGAUCGUCCUUCUCUUGAUGUUCAAGUGCCACUUGGGGAGCUGUUAAAUGAAGAACCAAGCAAGAUUAGGGAUUCUGGUCUUCCUCAAGGAGUUGAAGCUUUUUUACGUGGCUGGGAUUCAUACACUUCUGAUCCACAAAAUGUAGGUUUGCUUAAUGAGUGUGACAAGAAAUCUAUCGCCAACUGGACUGAGAUACUAAAUGGAUCUCUCGUCGGCACUGAAUGUUUUAGAGGAACGCCUUACUUAGAGGCCAUGAUUGAUAGGAGAACAAAGGAUGGAAGUGUACUGGUGAAGAAAUGGCUCCAAGAGGCCCUGCGUCGAGAAAACAUCUCUGUUAACGUGAGAUUUCGUCCCGGUUAUGCUACAAAACCGGAGCUCCAGGCCAUGAUCAGAGCAUUGUCCCAAAGCCAGUCGUCUUUGUUGAAAAACAAAGGGAUUAUUCAGUUAGCAGCAGCCACAGCCGCUGCUCUUGAUGAGUCUCAAAGUGCCAAAUGGGAUGCGUUUAGCAGUGCGGAGAUGAUGCUAAACGUAAGUGCUGGUGAUACGAGUCAAGGUCUGGCUGCUCAAAUCAGUGACCUGAUCAAUAAAAGCGCUGUUGCAGAACUUCAAGCGAAGAAGAGUGAGAAACCAGAUACCUCAUUACGAGGGCUUCUAUCUUUCCGAGACGCCCUGCUUCUUACAAUAGUUGGUUACAUUCUUGCUGGCGAGAAUUUCCCUACAUCUGGCUCUGGCGGGCCUUUCUCUUGGCAAGAAGAGCAUUUUCUAAAAGAAGCCAUUGUCGAUGCUGUUCUCGAGAAUCCAUCAGCAGGAAAUCUCAAGUUCCUCAAUGGGUUGACAGAAGAGCUUGAAGGCAGAUUGAAUCGCCUUAAGUCAGAGGACACCAAAGAAACUCCCUCUGAUGAUCAGUUAGACAUUGAUGCUCUUGAUGAUGAUCAGUGGGGAAAAUGGGGCGAGGAAGAAGAAGACGCUGAGAACAGCAAAGCAGACGAGUCCUAUGACGAUAUGCAGCUGAAACUGGACUUGCGUGAUAGAGUAGACAGCUUGUUUAGGUUUCUCCACAAGUUAUCUAGUCUAAGAACAAGGAACCUACCAUUAAGAGAAGGCUCAUUGGCUUCAGAGAGCGGCUUUUCCGGCGAUGCUUCUGGAAACAAAGGACUACUCUACAGGCUUAUAACAAAAGUGCUGAGCAAAGAGGAGAUUCCCGGUUUAGAAUACCAUUCCUCAACCGUAGGAAGGCUUUUCAAAAGCGGGUUUGGAAGGUUUGGUCUUGGUCAGGCAAAACCGAGCCUUGCAGACCAGAGUGUCAUUCUCGUCUUUGUCAUCGGAGGAAUCAAUGGUCGAGAGGUUUUGGAAGCUCAGGAGGCUGUGUCGGAGAGUGGAAGACCAGAUAUUGGCCUGCUUAUUGGAGGAACGACUCUUCUAACUCCUGACGACAUGUUCGAGUUAUUGUUGGGACAGUUCAGCCAUUUUUGA